GCAGCAGUAGCAGCAGCAGCAGCAUUAGCAGGAGGAAGGAGGGGCGGGCUCACCAGGUGGAGCCGCUGCCGUAGUGCCGUCAGACUGGCGGCCGCCACUGGGGAAGGCUCGGGGCCCAGCCCCAAAGGCGAGAAGGUGUACAAAGCAGACGACACGCUCGUGCGAGAAUCGGACAUCGAAAACUGCAGGACCUACGAUGAAUGUGACCUCUCGCCCGAAACUCUCGGCACGCCUUUCGGGGACAAGAAGGGCACGGAGACGGCGACGCCCACAAGGGCCAAGGAAGGGUACGACAGGAGCCGGUUCCACGUGCACUUCGGUGCCGGGCGGCUGGGGCUGGGGCUGGUGGUAGGAGCGAUCGCGGAGAGCAAGACGCCGUUCGGCAUCGUGCAGCGACCGAAGGCGUCCUGGGGGGGCAUCAUCUCGAACGGGUGCGGGUCACAGAUAGAGAUCACGGUCAAUGGUAAGCCGGUGGUGGAGGACGUAACUGUCAUCAGCGAGGGCUGUGACGUGGAAGAGUACCUCAAGGUCGGCGUUGCGGCCAUCGUCGUGGUCGGUGACCGCCCUACGCUGCUUCAGCUCGUUAAGAAGGCAACCAGCUUCAGCUGCUCGUUGGGUGCGGCGAUGGGAAUCGCGAUGAUCCCUCUCCUGGAGCAGCUUGAGGACAAGCCGCCGGCAGAACGCCCUGUGCUUUACGCCUGCGAAAACGACCACGACGCGGCGCGAAGAGUGGGAGAGAUGGUAGCCUCGAAGGUCACCACCGUCCCCUGCAUGGUGGACCGAAUCUGCACCGGCAGACAAAUNGGCGAGUACGACGUCAACGUCGAGGCCGAGCCCAACUUCGAAGGUGCCCUGGUUCUCCUCCAGCCUCCCGCGGACAAGUCUCUCGUACCCUUCGCUGGGGAUCGUGUGCUGAUCCCUUCGACGGAAGAGGAGGCGAGCUACUUCUACAAGCGGAAGUUCAGCAUUGUGAACGGCAUGCACACCGUCCUGGGCUUCAUGACUCUCCGCGAGAAGGCCCCCGGGGCGAAGGAGCUGAGGGAGCACGACCUGCUGUCCUACCACACGGCAUCUCCGGAGAUCCAGGAGGAGCUAUGGGCGUGGAUCGUGGUCCGGUGCCUCGACCUGCUCGACCGCUUCGGGGUAGAGAUGCUCAAGAAUGCGCACAGUGUCGAGACGGAGGAAGAGGUGUUCGAGAUACUUCUUGACUACGGCCGACAAACUCUGGACCGGUUCUCGAGCGUCGUCGACUCCACCAGCAGAGUGUUGGGCGGGGGACUGGGAAACCGGUUGGUGACUCGGCUCCAGCCGAUGGCGAUCUUCAUGGGCAACAACAAGUUUGCCGGCACCGGGAGGCCCGAGGAACGCUUCUUGAAGCACGCCGGCGUAGACGAGGCGUUCGCUAGGCAGUGUACGCGGUCGUUGACGCGAAGUUCGGUGCCGUUCUGCACCCAAGACUUCAUCGCCGAAAAGGAGGCGAGGAUUGCCGCGAGGGCGGCCAAGGCCGCGAGCGUCGAGGCCAACAAGGAGAAGAGGGGACGGGAGCAAAGAAAGGCCAAAGACGGGGACCGCUCCGGCAAGGCUUCCGGUGCCGCUAAGAAGGCGAGCAAGGCCAAGACGACAGGCAAGCAGGAGUCCAAGGUAUAAAACACAAAGAUAGCGCCAAGAAAGAAGCCGGACACAAGCGACGGCCGACCGUUCAGCGCGGAAUGGAAAGGGGAAGAAGAGGCUUCGACAACAUUCCAGCGUGUACUUGCUUGCCCGCUUCCGUUGUUCUUUGUAGCUUUGUAGUCCGUCUCUCUCUCUCUCCCUCUCUCU